AUGAGCGCCAACAACGCCACGAGCGGCGCAACUGGCACCGCUGAAGUCCCUGUUCAGGCCAAUAACCCAAUCAACUUGGCAGCCGAUGAGGCGACGAAUGACACAUCCUCGGAAAUUGGAGGUAGUGUCGCAUCUUCGACCGCUAGUCUGAGUGACUCAAUCCGCGACUUCCGUGUCGAGAACGGCCGGACGUACCACAAGUACAAAGAUGGACGAUACCAUGCUCCCAAUGACGAGAGAGAAAACGAGCGACUAGACUUGCAACACCAUCUUUGUCUUCUUACCCUCGACAACCGCCUGGGGCUCGCGCCCGCCAACGGUCCCAACUCAAAGGUCACGCGCGUCCUCGAUGUCGGUACAGGUACCGGUAUUUGGGCGGAGGACUUUGGAGAGGAACACCCGGAUGCCGAGGUUAUUGGGUUUGAUCUUUCCCCAACCAUGUCAGAUUUUGUGCCACCCAACGUGAAGUUUGAAGUGGAUGAUUUAGACGAGGAGUGGAACUGGUCGCAACCAUUCGACUACAUUCACAGCCGAUUCAUGAACGCAUCAAUUGGCAAUUGGCAAACCUUUGCAACUAAGGUUUUUAAUCACCUCACCCCAGGUGGAUAUGUCGAACUAGUUGAACUAGACCUGCAUGCACGCUCCGACGACGGAACAUUGAAGUCGGACUCUGCUAUUUCCAGAUGCACUGAAUUGCUUGGAGAAGCUGCCGGCAUUUUCGGACGUCCUUACCAGGAGAUUCCGCCUCUUGUGAAGGUUCUUGAGGAUGCCGGCUUCGUGGACGUCAAGAUGGAGGUGCAUAAGUGGCCGACCAACGAUUGGCCGAAGUAUCCCGAGUAUAAGGAGCUGGGCAUAUGGGCUAACGAAAACUUCAUUGCUGGAUUUGAAUCCUUCACUAUGGCACCCUUGACCAGAGCUCAUGGUUGGACAAAGGAGGAGGUCCAAGUUUUUCUCGUGGAAGUGCGAAAAGAUCUGGGGAACAGAUCCAUUCACGCGUACUGGCCAAUGUACAACAUCUACGGACGAAAGCCUUCCGAGAAAAAGCAGUCCUAG